AGAAUUUAGUUAUGAAAAUAAAUUUAUGUCUUUCGGUCUUGGAGUUAUUACCUAAAGAUCUUAAAGGAAAUUGGAAUCUGACAUGGACAAAAAAGCUUCAAAGGACAAAAGUGAUAAAUGUCCUAUUUGCGGCAAGGCAUUCAAAUAUCCAUGUCUCGUAAAGAAACAUAUGAAUACUCAUGCAACAGAAAAGAAUGUCCGUUGUCCUCAAUGCCCAAAGAUCUUUACCCAUAAGGCUAGGCUACAAGAGCACUUGAAGAAUCACAUUAACAGUGAUCCAGUACCAUGUUCCAUAUGCAGUAAAAUAUUCAGAAAGGAGAGAUAUCUCAGGGAUCAUAUGAAAAGACAUUCUGGAGAGAAUUUAUUUCCAUGUGGCCUUUGCGGAAAAAUUUUCCGCAGGAAAAGGCAUAUGAAAAUACAUAUUGAAAGAUUUCACAAUAUAAUUGCUGAAAAAUUUAUUUGCAAUCAAUGUGGAAGGGCAUUUCCAGAUGAAUCUUCAUUGAAUGGGCAUUGCUUAAUCCAUACCGAUACUACAAAUUUUAACUGUUACUUUUGUUCUGAAGAAUUCCCAAAUGCAAAUUCUUUAAAGGAUCAUCUACCAUCCCACAAGUCCGAAAAGCCUUUUGAAUGUAGAGUCUGCUCUAAGGCAUUUUACACAAAAUCAGAACUAAAAAUUCAUGAUAAAAGCCAUACUUAUGAAGCCCUGAAAUGCAGUUAUUGCGACAGAACUUACAUCUAUCGAUCAGACCUUAGAAGUCAUACAAAUAAGCACCAUAGGGGUCUUCCUCUGAUAUUUAGGGAAAACUAUCCUAUCUCCUGCACAGUUUGCAAUGCAAAGUUUGAUAAUCUCGAAGGUCUGAAGAAUCAUGUCUCAGUCCAUUCGGAUGAGAGACCAUUCAAAUGUGAUGUCUGUGAUAGGAAAUUCAUUGAUAAAGACGGUAUUAGAAGGCACAUAAAAACCGUUCACAACAAGAAAGCUAAACGAAAAUUCCCCUGUCCACAGUGUCAGAAGCCCUGUCGAGGACAAAAGGAUCUUCAGAGGCAUCAAGUCACCUAUCACAGCAAUGAUAAGCCAUUUCAAUGCAAAAUUUGCUCAAGAAGUUUCAAAUUACAAAGUUUUCUACAGAAUCAUAUGAUAACACACAAAAAGGGCGAACCUGGAGUAAUAAAAUGUCCACAUUGUCGAAGAAUUUUCACAGAAAAGGAUAUUUUUGAGAAACAUCUAGAAGCGUCUCAUAAAGAUUUACAAAUUGACACUGUUUGGAUAAAAAAUGAAACACACGAUCCAGAAUAUGAAGAGCCACCAAGCAUAUCAACUUUUAGUAAUUUUUCAGAAGUUAAAGUUGAAAAGAAACAAGGGCAAGAUGAGCUUUUGAGAACGGAAACUGUAGAACAGACAAUGCAAAAGGAAAUUGAGGAAGUCUUCAUUAAGAUUGAAAAAAAUUACAACGAGGAGGAAAUAAAAGAAGAAUAACAAUAAUUUUUGACGAAUUUUUGUGAUAUCCUUAAGGUAUUAUCCACAUGAAAUUAAAUAUUCAAUCCUUUUAGAAUAUUUCUGCCCAAUACCAAUAUCUGAUUGGCUAGAACUUGGAAUCAUCCAACGCUUUAGCCUAGCCAAUCAGAGAAUUCAAUUGACUAAAAUAUUUAAUGAGAAUAAAUAUUUAAUUUACAUAAAUGAAAAAGAAACAUUAAAAGUAUUCGAAACUACUUCUCAAAACGUUAUAUUGUUUUUUAAAUAAAAAUUGUUUCAAA